AUGAUAACUUUCAAGGGACAACCCGACUGGACGCACGUGUUUGGACCCCGCAAUCGUGCCGUUCGCUGGUCCCCGCAUUCAUUUUCCCGUAAAUCGAUCCAUGGUCGGUGGAGUUGGAUGAAACUUCGGUCCAAUGUGAGGAAUCUUUUCCACGAGUAUUGCUCCCACAGCACAAUUCAUGGAGUCAGCUAUAUCGGUUCGCGAAGAUCCAUUCUGGAGCGGUUCUGGUGGCUCGUUGUGUUCGUUCUGUCAAUUUACGGAUGUGGAAGUUUGAUCCAUAAGGUGUACAACAAGUGGAAUAACCAUCCGGUAAUUGUGACGUUUGACGAGCGACCGGUGCCUGUGUGGCAGAUUCCUUUUCCCGCCGUCACGAUCUGUCCGGAGGCGAAAAUUCGUGCCGAUUUGAUGAACUUCACGGACGCUUUUUACAGAUUUGCCCACCCCGGACCAGAAGAUGAGGAGCUGGACCAGCACAGUUUGGACCAAUUGAUGGCAGUUCUGCAGCUGUGUAACGUAUUUUUCUACGCAAUACGUUAUUACACAUCACUGUACGCACAGGCUGUAUCCGAUUUGGACGUAGUUUCUAUCCUGGACGAGUUAUCUAUUCCUGCGAACGAAACGUUCGCGAUGUGUACUAUCAACAAUAAGCGAUGUAGUCAUUUAUUUGCGCGCACAAUCACCGAUGAAGGAAUUUGCUUCACAUAUAAUGGCUUCUCGGCACGAGACAUGUUCAGAAGUGGUGUACUUCACAGCGAAUAUGGCUAUUUAACGGAAACUAAACGCGCCACUAACUGGUCACUUGAGGAUGGUUACACUCCGGGGAGUCCAUUGAGUUCCCAUCCCUUCCGUGCCGUUGGAUCAGGCUUCGGAGCAGGACUCCAGCUGCAGUUGAUGACCGCCAACAGUGACAUAGAACACCACUGUCGGGAGGAGCAGGGAUUCAAGGUGGUGCUCCAUCCACCGAACGAGUACCCUCUCGUUUCCAAGAAAUUCGUUCUGCUGACGCUCGCCCGGGACAUUACCAUAGCGGUUCGUCCUCGGAUUGUCAGGACCUCGGAUGAACUGCGCAGUUACAGUCCGGAACGGAGACAAUGCUUUUUCAACCACGAGCGCCAUCUCAAAUUUUUCCUUUCGUACACUCAAAGCAACUGUGAGCUGGAAUGUUUGACGAACUUUACGCUGGAGGCCUGCGGUUGCGUCAAAUUUUAUAUGCCCCGAUCGGAGGGAACUCGUCUAUGUCACACGGCGGAUCUUGAAUGCGUCCUCUUGGCCGAGAUGCUGCUUCGAGAACAGUCAGCCGACAGCCAUCUGGUUGAUCCACGCCGCAAUCAAUCCGAUUGUAAUUGUAUGCCGGCGUGCAGUUCGAUCGAUUACGAUGCUGAGAUCACCCAGUCGAUGUAUAAUUUUCAGCGAACUUUGGACUUAAGGUAUCGACCCAUUCUGAAGUCAUUCCUGAGCUACAUCUAUAAGAAACAAAUCACCAAACUCGGAAUCUACUUCAAGGAGGAUCAGUUCUUUGUCUCGAGGCGAAGUGAGCUGUUUGGUUUAACAGAUUUUAUCUCAAAUUGCGGAGGAAUCCUAGGUCUGUGCAUGGGAGUGAGUCUCUUCAGUUUGGUCGAAUUGCUCUACUAUUGCUGUAUUCGUCCAGUGCUGCUUGUUCGAAGAGCAGUGGGUGGUGGUACACAAAAUAUAAUCGUUGUGAGAACCGGUCCUGAAAUUCGAUACUGA